CUUGAAUUUGACUUUUCAAAUGUCAAUGUGACAGUUCAAAUAACCUACAACAUCAACAACAAAACUUUUUAUAAUCAUGUUUUUAAUGCUACACAUAUAAUCAAAAAGCUCAAAUAUUCUACUUUUAUAUAGCUUCCUCAACCCAAGCCAAUAAAAAUGUCCAGACAGCUGAAUCAAAACGAGCGGAAGCUCGCUGAGAAACUGAUCAUUCUCAAUGAUCGUGGGAUAGGAAUGCUAACUAGGAUCUACAACAUCAAGAAGGCCUGCGGUGAUGCGAAAUCCAAACCAGGUUUCCUGUCUGACAAAAACCUGGAGUCAUCUAUCAAGAACAUUGUACGUAGGUUCCCAAACAUUGACGUCAAGAGCCUAACUCCUAUACAGAACCUUAGAAACGAAAUCAUCAAAUCACUUUCUCUAUAUUAUUACACAUUUGUUGAUCUUUUAGACUUCAAAGAUCAUGUCUGUGAGUUGCUGACUAGCAUGGAUGCAUUUCAAGUCGAUUUAGACAUUUCUGUUAAUUUUGAACUAACUAAACAUUAUUUAGAUUUAGUGACAACCUAUGUCAGUUUAAUGGUGUUGCUAUCUAGAGUAGAAGAUAGAAAAGCUGUGUUAGGUUUGUUCAAUGCAGCAUAUGAAAUUGUUCAUGGUUCACCAGAUCAGAGUUUUCCAAGGUUAGGAAGUAUGAUCAUGGACUAUGACAUUCCAUUCAAAAAGCUAUGUGAAGAAUUUGUACCUCAUUCAAGGUUGCUAGCCCAAGCUUUGAAUUCUUUGAUCCCAAUUUAUGUCCCAAGGAAUGUAUCUGCUGACAAGUGGAGGUCAGAACAGAAACUGACACUUGUUGGUAACCCAGCAAUGCUUUUAAAGCCUGUUAUAUCUGACAGAAUGUCUUGUGAGUAUUUGUCUAUGGAUACAAUGGAGAAAUGGGUUGUUUUUGGCUUGCUCCUUAUAAACAAUGUACUUUUGCAAAAUGAUCAGUUUAAUAAACUGUUUAUAAAUGCGCUCGAAUCAUCUUGGGUGAUUCCACUAUUCAGAGAUGAAGUCGUUCAUACCCAUCAGUAUAUUUGGUCAUUUUUUGAUACUCUGAAAGGGUAUGGAAAAAGAAUUUCUGAGGUUAAAGAAGCUUAUACUCAUGCUGUGCAAAAAGCUGGUUACAACCAUCGAGAAAGGAGAAAAUUUUUAAGGACAGCAUUGAAAGAGCUUGGCCUUAUUUUUAUGGAUCAACCUGGUCUGCUUGGCCCCAAAGCCCUGAUGGUGUUCAUGGGACUUUGCUAUGCAAGAGAUGAAGUUUUGUGGUUGUUACGCCACAAUGACAACCCCCCAACACAUAAAACUAAAGGAAAAUCAACUGAAGAUUUAGUAGAUCGCCACCUGCCUGAGCUUCUCUUUCACAUGGAAGAUCUAAGAGUUCUGGUUAGGAAAUAUAGUCAAGUUAUGCAGCGAUAUUAUGUGCAAUAUUUAUCACAUUGGGAUGCAAUAACAUUAAAAGAAAUGAUGCAAAAGCUUCAAAAUUGCCCUGAAGAUGAAGGUAUUAUAUUAUCCUCAUUUUGCAACACCAUAGCCAAUUUAUCAGUAAAACAAGUUGAAGAUAAUGAAACAUUCAACUUUUUUGCAUUCAGGUUAGACUGGUUUAGGCUGCAGGCUCACACUUCUGUUGGUAAAUCUACUAUGAAGCUUUUAGACAACAAAGGACUAGCUCAGCUGUUAGAUUCAAUACAGUUCCAUACCAAAAUGGUAGAUAACCUAGAUGAGAUGCUCAGAGAGACAUCUGACUUGUCCAUAUUUUGCUUCUACAGUAGAAUCUUUGAGGAUCAGUUCCACAUGUGUUUAGAAUUUCCAGCGCAAAAUCGUUACAUUGUAGCCUUCCCAUCAAUUUGCAGUCAUUUCCAAAAUUGCACCCAUGAGCUUUGUCCUGAAGAACGCCAUCAUAUUCGAGAAAGGAGUUUGUCUGUUGUGAACAUGUUUUUAGAUGAGAUGGCAAAAGAAGCAAAAAAUAUAAUUACAGCAAUUUGUGAUGCCCAAUGUAAAAUGAGUGAUAAGCUUCUUCCUAAAAAUUGCGCUCAUCUGAUAUCCCAACAAAUCAACCGAAAAAAGAAAGAGAAAAACAAAAAGAAUGCCAUUGAAUUUGAGAAACCUGGUAUGGAAAGUUAUAGGAAAACUAGAGAAAACCUGACAACUAUGGAUAAGCUCCACAUGGCAUUAACAGAGCUUUGCUAUGCAAUAAAUUAUUUCUCAAACAUCAAUGUUUGGGAGUACACAUUUGCUCCAAGAGAAUAUUUGCAUCAACAUUUGGAAAACCGUUUUGCAAAAGCCCUUGUAGGGAUGGUUAUGUAUAACCCAGAUACCAAUGAAAUAGCGAAGCCUUCUGAACUACUUGUAUGUGUUAGGUCUUACAUGAACGUGCUGCAAACUGUUGAAAACUACGUGCAUAUUGACAUCACUAGAGUUUUCAAUAACUGUUUGCUUCAGCAAACUCAACCCAUGGACAGUCAUGGAGAAAAAACUAUUGCUGCCAUAUACACCCAGUGGUAUUCUGAAGUUCUCUUAAGAAAAGUCAGUGCUGGUAACAUCAUUUUUUCAAUGAAUCAAAGGUCUUUUGUAAGUCUGACAGUUGAAGGUUCUAUACCCUUCAACCCUGAAGAAUACUCUGAUGUAAAUGAAUUGAGAGCGUUAGCUGAACUGAUUGGUCCAUAUGGGAUGAAACAACUGAGUGAAACACUUAUGUGGCACAUUGCAAGUCAGGUUAUUGAGUUGAAGAAAUUGGCAGAGUUCAAUAAAGAUGUUUUACUGUCGUUAAGGACAAACUUUGACAAACCCGAAACUAUGAAAGAACAGUCUAAAAAAUUGUCGAAUGUCGACAAUGUAUUGCAAAGAAUGACUAUAGUUGGUGUUAUCUUAGCUUUUAGACAGCUAGCACAGUCUUGCCUAACAGACGUUUUAGAACAAAGGAUCCCUUUCCUAGUGAGUUCAAUCUUAGACUUCCGCCAUCAUUUGCCGAGUGGGGACCCCUUGAAAAUUGUAAGUGAGAUGACGUCUGCAGCAGGGCUGCCUUGCAAGGUGGAUCCUACAUUAAUCUCAGCAUUGAAGUUACAGAAACCUGAAACUGAAGGUGAAAAUGAACACCUUCUAGUUUGCCUUUUGAUGGUAUUUGUAGCAGUUUCCAUUCCUAGAUUAGCAAAAAUGGAACAAUCCUUCUAUAGAGCCUCAUUAGAGGGACACACAAAUAAUAUCCACUGCAUGGCACUAGCUGUCAAUCAUAUUUUCGGAGCUUUGUUCACAAUUUGUGGCCAAGGUGACAUUGAGGAUCGGAUGAAAGAAUUCUUAGCUCUAGCGUCUUCAAGUUUAUUGCGACUUGGUCAAGAGAAUGAUAAGGAAGCGAUUAAAAAUCGUGAGUCAGUGUAUUUGCUGCUAGAUCAAAUUGUUCAGGAAUCACCAUUCCUGACAAUGGAUCUGUUAGAAUCAUGUUUUCCGUACGCCCUAAUUCGUAAUGCUUACCAUGACGUCUACAAGCAGGAACAAAAUUUGUAGGUUUUUUAAGUGAAAAGUGAUAGAAUUAUCGAGAAAAAUUAAAAAGAAAUGCCUAUUAGCAUAUCUUCAGUAGUGAACAGUAAAAACGAUAUGGAUUAUUUUGUUAACUUAUUGAUUUCUUGUCGAUCAUGGAAAGCUUGGAUUGAAUUUUCUUUAUUAUUUGAUGUUGUGUUCUACAAAUAUGAUUGAAAAAAAUGCAACAUUGCAAUAGGCAUUUUAGGAGUAGUAUGGUAUGCUAUGAUAUUGAAUAUUCAGUAUUUAUAUUUUCAGUUAAGAACUAGAAGCUUUAUAUUUCGAGUACACAUAUUUUAUUAUGUAAUUAUUUAUCUUAUAUAUAUUUAAGAGUCUUCUUGGUUUAGACUGGUCACUUUUUGCAAUUAUCUUAAUACAUUUGAGAGUUAUUGAUUUUUGUUAAAAGUGAUGUGUAAUUACAUCUAGGAACCUCUUUGUAAUCCUUGCUAUACAUAUUUCCAUUUUGAUAUUUUCUGUAUCG